AUGGCGGCCCUCAGGAGUCGAGUAGGUCUGUGCAUUCUCCUGACAGGUUCUGGGGGUACGAAGCGGAUCUGUUUCCGGGCCCGAACUGAGCCCCGGCUCGGUUCCCUACUCCAACCGCUGCUCCGGCCCUUCGAGGUGGGGCUGCCAUGCCGCGGGCUCGGCUCCGAGGCUGCAGCAUCUGGUAGCUCGGAGAUCAAGAAACCUGCAUUUAUGGAUGAGGAAGUCCAGAGCAUACUCAUUAAGAUGACAGGCUUGAACUUGCAGAAGACCUUUAAGCCAGCUAUACAAGAACUGAAGCCACCAACCUAUAAGCUAAUGACCCAGGCACAGUUGGAAGAGGCUACAAGACAGGCAGUUGAAAUAGCUAAGGAACGGUUAAAAAUGCCACCAGUUCUGGAAGAGCGAGCACCAAUAAAUGAUGUGUUAGCUGAAGAUAAAAUCUUGGAAGGAACAGAAACACACAAAUAUGUGUUUACUGAUAUAACAUACAGCAUACCACACCGGGAGCGUUUUAUCGUUGUCAGAGAACCAAGUGGCACGCUACGCAAAGCCUCUUGGGAAGAACGGGACCGGAUGAUACAAGUUUAUUUCCCAAAAGAAGGUCGUAGAAUUUUGACACCUGUAAUUUUCAAGGAGGAAAACAUUAAGGUAAGGCGACUUAGGUUUUAUAUCCUAGAGUCAGUGGUGAUGAUUUCUUUGUUGAAUCCAGUUGGCUCUGGUGCUGCUUGGCAUUUUGCCUCAAUCAACACAGACAAACAUUUCUAACAGUACCCGGAUUAGCGCUCUCUCUCUUGUAAUUGGCAUAACUGGGAUUCAAAUUCAGGUGUGACAAUUACAAAGCCCAUGUCGUUUCUUUAUGCCUCUUGAUGGGUACAGAUGUGGCCUGUCAUGGUGUCAGGACAGGUGCUGAACUUAAGUGUUCUCCUCUGGUUCCAACUCUGCUGUGUGAUUUUAGACCAUGUACAGCAAGGACCGGCAUGCUGAUGUCCUCAAUCUCUGUGUUGCCCAGUUUGAGCCAGACUCUGCUGAGUAUAUAAAGGUGAGU